AUGGAAGCGCUGGACGCCCUCGGUUUAGCGGCGAAUAUCGCACAAUUUGUCGGUAUGGCAGGCAAGGCUGUACAAAAGACCAUGGAGCUCGCUCUUGAUGAGAAAGAAUUGAUGCAAGAGAAUGAAGAGCUGCAGUUGAUUGUGUCCGACUUCCAAAAGAAUUUGCCAAUGCUUCAAGACGAGAAUGGCGUUCAUGAUGUUGCGAGCGCCGAACUCAAACACUUGGCUGAAGCCGCGAGUAGGAUUUGUUCAGAGAUUGACACCAAGUUUGAAAGUAUCAAAGCUAAAAGGGCCAAGAAGAAACGACUCCAGUCUUUUUAUGCGACAUGGACAGAGAUGAAAUUGAGGGAAGUCUUCCAGAAUCUCAACGCGCGACUGGCCGAAUUGCGAAAUCAGAUCAGUCUGCACAUAAACAUCAUCCUCGUCCAACAACAAGCCUCAGUGCAGUCUGCGCUUGUCGAUACUAUCAAAACUAGCCAAGACUACAUCUCGAGGCUUGAUCGUGAAACCGCCGAGUUUAAAACACAUGCGAUCAUACACCAUCAGGAAGAUGAUAUAUUGCACUGGAGGUGGCUCGGUGAUUCCGAGCAGCUUUACAGCCUGGGAAGGUCGUUGAAAUCACUCAAGCCCCAUUACGAGUCGUUCCAAAGAACCCAAAAAAUCCUCAAAAGCCUGUAUUUCAGUCAAGUUGGAGAGCGCCGUGACACCAUCUCAGACCCCCAUAUGAGCACAUAUGAUUGGGUGUUCAAAGCUGAUACUGCCAACUUCGGCCCCUGGCUAGAACAUCCUGAAGCCCCAAUUUAUUGGAUUGCUGGGAGAGCUGGCUCUGGUAAAUCCACGCUCAUGAAGCACAUCCACAAGCACCACAAAUUGCCAGCAGGUCUCCAGAGAUGGGCUGGAACACGCAAAGUGCUCAUCGCGAGCCAUUUUUUCUGGGAGCUCGCGUCUCAGGCUUUCCCGGACAGAUGGAAGGCGGCAUUGCAACCUGUUGAGACUCUAAGUCAGAACCAAUGGCCACGGGAGGAGCUUCUCGGUGGUCUCACCAAUUUCCUUACAGAGGCUCGCGAUUCUUGUGUGCUCAUAUUCGUGGAUGGCUUGGACGAAUACAGCGGCGAGCCAGACAAUCUCAUCGAAGUCGUCCAGACACUUGGCAGACUCUCCAACGUCAAAGUUUGUGUUUCCAGCCGACCAUGGAUAGAAUUUUCCGAUGCUUUCUCUGAAUCGUCAUGGAAGCUUUACUUGCAUGAUCACACACGAAAAGACAUAGAGCGUUAUAAACUACAUACACUAGAAGCUCACAACCGGUUCAAACUCUUCAAGACCCAAAAUCCGGAAGCCUCGCUUGAGCUUGUCUCAUGCAUCACUGAUAGGGCAGAGGGCGUCUUUCUCUGGGUACAGCUCGCUGUACGAUCCCUGUUGCGAGGGAUUGUGAAUGCGGACGACAUUGUGGAUCUACAGCGGCGGCUCGACGAAUUGAUGCUCAAUAACAUUUCCGACUUCUACAAGAGUCGGACAGCAAAAGUACUCUUGGUUCUCGCUCACGCCCGCGUGUCGCUACCCCUCGUGACAUUCUACUUUCUAGACAGCCGGGAAGGACGACAUUUCGACCCUCAAAUUUUCCUGCAGAACUGGCCAUACGUAAAUGAAGAGGAAGCUGCAGAGGUCGAAAGGAAAAAGAGGCAGUUCAUUGCCCAAUUUAAGGACCUGAUAAAUAUCUAUGAGCAUCCAACCAAGGCAGCCUUGUUCAACUUUAGUGUUGGAUUUAUCCAUCGCACUGUCAUUGAAUUCAUCACCCAGAGCCGAAUACAAGAUUGGUUGUACCAGCGGGCAGGGCCAAAUUUCAAUCCCGUAUUAGCCCUUUUCGAGGUCAGCCUCGAGCAAUUCAAGAUCUUUAGCCAUUUUUGGAAGCUCACUUUCCUUCACCCAUUCCUCCGGAACUGGUUUCUCUCAGCAGUUUAUUAUGCUCGGGAAAUCGAAGUCACCAACGGGUACUCCGUAUCACAACAGCUCAACCAGCUUCAAGAAGUCCUUUCUGAUGACACGGACAAGGGGCACUUUAGAAGGCCGUCCAAAUUCGAGGCACCCUGGUGGCGUGGAUCCUUGAAAGAUCUCGCCAUCAGUGUGGGACUUUGGCGUUAUGCCAAUGACAUGGCAGUCUCGACCGAAUUCGAGGCCGCCUUGGAGCCUGAUCUCUGUAUUGAACUCCAGUCUGACUUUGUCGUCAAGGAAGUUACGGACACUGACAGAGACAAGCGCCGCGGUAUGGAUAUUAAAAGGCCAUCUUACACUUCCACUCUGCACAUGUUUACUGCUGCUGAAGCCGACUGUUUGUCUGAUCUACGCGCAAGGCGCCUCAAGCCGAUACCUCGAGCUCAACCUUUGGCAAGUCAUCCCGAUGAUGGGCAAGUUGGUCGGCUUUCAGAAGAAGACACGCAUAAUUACGUACUGCACAGCGUCUUUUCUCGUUCAAACUCCAUCGAGAUCGAGAUGACAAAGCCGAAAGUGUCGAGGUUCAAAAAAGCUCCGAAAAUUGCGGGAUCUGUUAAAAUAAUCAGGAGCGACUCUGUUGAUUGUCGGGAAUUGGAGCGAAACGGAUCUCAAUGA